AUGGAGGAACUAAAUACCAUGAUUGAAGAACUUGCACUUAUUGAACCUCUGUCUACGGGACCUUUCUUCACAUGGACAAACAAAAGCAUGGGAGAUAAUUUCAAAGCGAGCAAAAUUGACAGAGUCCUGAUUAAUGCAGAAUGGCAGAACAAAUACAACCACUAUUCAGUUGAAUUCCUGUUUCCAGGAGUUUCAGACCACUCCCCUUGCUUGGUGCGACUUGACACCACAUAUAGGAGAAGGAAACCUUCUUUCAAAUUCUUUAAUUUCUGGACCACUAGCCCGGGUUUCCUGCCUUUGGUGUCCACUUGCUGGCAACAGGUUAUCAGAGGAUCUAGAAUGUUCACAGUGGUGGCAAAGCUCAAAGCACUGAAACAACAACUCAAGGGACUGAAUAUAUCUCAGUUUGGUGACUUACACUUAAAGGUCAAACAAGCUAAGGAGAACCUAAAACAACUUCAAUAUGAGCUUGUGAUUGACCCCUUUAAUCCCAUUACUCGGGCGGAAGAAAAGGCGCAGCUGGAGGAGUUACUUGUUCUUAGUAGACAUGAAGAGGUUUUGCUUAAGCAGAAAUCUAGAAAUCUAUGGCUGAAGGAGUGUGACAAUAAUAGUAAGGUUUUCUUUGCCUCCAUGAUGCGGAGGAGUGCCUAG